GAUUCUACAGUCAGCCUUUGACAGGGGCUGGUUGACUUUAGCAGUGCGCGCGUGCCAUUCUGAUUCCGGCCUCUGGUUUUGGUAGGCUUUUCUCAGAGAAUGUCUGACGGUGGGGGGACGGAGGAGAACUCCGGCACCAUGGAGGUGUCGGCCGUUCAAACGGUUGCGGACACAUCGGUGCUGCAGAAGCACAUUCGGAAACUGGUGCCGCUGCUCCUGGAAGAUGGCGGCGAGGCCCCAGCCUCACUGGAAACCGCCCUGGAAGAGAAGAGCGCCGUGGAGCAGAUGAAGAAAUUCCUGGGAGACUCGCAGGUUCACACCAUCCUGGUGGAGAGAUCUGCUCUUAAAGAGGAUGUUGGAGAUGAAGGAGAAGAGGAAAAAGAGUGCAUUUCUUACAACAUUAGCAUUGACAUUCGCUAUGGAAUCAAGUCCAACAGCUUGGCGUUAAUCAAGAGGACAGGUGUCAUUGAUGCAGACAAGCCCAUAUCUACUCAAGUUCGGGUGUUGACGCUGAGUGAGGAUUCUCCCUACGAGACUCUGCACUCGUUCAUCAGCAACGCAGUGUCGCCUUUCUUCAAGUCCUACAUUCGAGAGUCUGGCAAGGCUGACAGAGAUGGAGAUAAAAUGGCCCCUUCUGUUGAGAAGAAGAUUGCCGAGCUGGAGAUGGGACUCCUCCACCUGCAGCAGAACAUUGAGAUUCCUGAAAUCAGCCUUCCCAUUCACCCCAUCAUCACAAACAUUGCCAAGCAGUGCUAUGAGCGUGGAGAGAAGCCAAAAGUCACCGACUUUGGUGAUAAAGUUGAAGACCCGACUUUCCUCAACCAGCUGCAGUCUGGAGUUAACCGCUGGAUCAGGGAAAUCCAAAAGGUGACGAAGCUUGAUCGGGACCCAGCUUCAGGCACAGCCUUGCAGGAGAUCAGUUUCUGGCUGAACUUGGAAAGAGCCCUCAACAGGAUCCAGGAGAAGAGAGAGAGCCCAGAGGUUCUGCUCACACUGGACAUCCUGAAACAUGGCAAACGUUUCCACGCCACUGUGAGCUUUGACACAGACACAGGUCUGAAACAGGCUGUGGAAACGGUUAAUGACUACAAUCCACUGAUGAAGGACUUCCCUCUUAACGACUUGCUCUCUGCCUCAGAGCUUGAUAAAAUCCGCCAAGCUCUGAUGGCCAUAUUUACUCACAUGAAGAAGAUACGGAACACUAAGUAUCCUAUCCAGAGAGCGCUGCGUCUCGUGGAGGCCAUCUCUCGAGACUUAAGCUCCCAGCUUCUCAAGGUGUUGGGCACCAGAAAGCUCAUGCACGUCGCUUACGAGGAAUUUGAAAAGGUGAUGGUGGCUUGCUUUGAGGUGUUCCAGACAUGGGAGGAUGAGUACGAGAAGCUGCAGGUGUUGCUGAGGGAUAUUGUAAAACGGAAGAGGGAGGAGAACCUGAAGAUGGUGUGGCGUCUGAGCCCCGCACACAGGAAGCUGCAGUCCAGGCUUGACCACAUGAGGCGUUUCAGAAGGCAGCACGAGCAGCUGAGGGCUGUCAUCGUUCGUGUUCUUAGACCUCAGUUGUCUGCAGUGCAGCAGCACGCCCCUGGAGAGACGGUUGAACCUGAAGAUAUGAAGGUAGCAGGAGUUCUCUUUGAUGCAGCUGAUGCCAAUGCCAUUGAAGAGGUGAACCUGGCGUAUGAGAACGUCAAAGAGGUUGACGGUCUAGACGUGUCUAAGGAAGGCAUGGAAGCCUGGGAAGCUGCCAUGAAGCGCUACGACGAACGCAUCGACCGCGUGGAGACGCGCAUCACCGCCCGCCUGCGCGAUCAGCUGGGAACAGCCAAGAACGCCAACGAGAUGUUCCGUAUAUUUUCCCGCUUCAACGCUCUCUUUGUGCGUCCCCACAUCCGUGGCGCCAUCCGUGAGUACCAGACGCAGCUGAUCCAGCGUGUGAAGGACGACAUUGAGUCGCUGCACGACAAGUUCAAAGUGCAGUACCCUCAAAGCCAGGCGUGCAAAAUGAGUCACGUUCGAGAUCUGCCGCCCGUGUCCGGGUCCAUCAUCUGGGCGAAGCAGAUCGACCGUCAGCUCACGGCGUAUAUGAAGAGGGUGGAGGAUGUUUUGGGGAAGGGUUGGGAGAACCACGUGGAAGGGUUGAAGUUGAAACAGGAUGGCGAUAGCUUCAGAGCUAAACUCAACACUCAAGAGAUCUUUGAUGACUGGGCUCGCAAGGUGCAGCAGCGUAACCUUGGCGUUUCUGGGCGGAUCUUCACCAUCGAGACCUCCCGUGCCCGUGGAAGGACAGGAAACAUGCUCAAACUUAAAGUGAAUUUCCUCCCAGAGAUCAUCACCUUAUCGAAGGAGGUUCGCAACCUCAAGUGGCUCAGCUUCCGCGUUCCUUUGGCCAUCGUCAACAAAGCCCACCAGGCCAAUCAGCUCUACCCGUUUGCAAUCUCUCUGAUUGAAAGCGUUCGCACCUACGAGCGCACCUGUGAGAAAGUGGAGGAGAGGUCCUCCAUCUCUCUGCUGGUUGCUGGACUCAAGAAGGAGGUCCAGGCGCUGGUGACUGAGGGCAUCACUCUGGUGUGGGAGUCUUACAAGCUGGAUCCAUACGUGCAGAGACUGGCUGAGACGGUCUUCAACUUCCAGGAGAAGGUGGAUGAUCUGUUGCUGAUUGAGGAAAAAAUUGAUCUGGAAGUCCGCUCUCUGGAGACCUGCAUGUUCGACCACAGGACCUUCUCUGACAUCUUAAACCGCGUCCAGAAAGCUGUGGAUGACCUUAACCUCCAUUCUUACUCCAACCUGCCAAUUUGGGUCAACAAGCUUGACAUUGAGAUUGAACGCAUCCUGGGAGUGCGUCUUCAGGCCGGUCUCAAAGCCUGGACUCAGGUGCUCCGCGGGCAGGUGGAAGACAAAGCUGAUGUGGACAUGGACACUGAGGCUCCACAAGUCGGCCACAAACCUGGAGGGGAGCCCAAGAUUAAGAACGUCGUUCAUGAGCUGAGAAUCACUAACCAGGUGAUUUACCUCAAUCCACCCAUUGAAGACUGCCGCUACAAGCUCUACCAGGAGAUGUUUGCCUGGAAGACGAUCAUUCUUUCACUCCCCAGAAUCCAAAGCCAGAGAUACCAGGUUGGCGUCCACUAUGAGCUUUCAGAGGAAGAGAAGUUCUACAGGAACGCUCUGACUAGAAUGCCGGAUGGUCCUGCAGCCUUGGAGGAGGCCUACAAUGCAGUGGAAGACAUCGUCAAUGAGGUGGAGCAGUACGUAAAGGUGUGGCUGCAGUACCAAUGCCUUUGGGAUAUGCAGGCGGAAAACAUCUACAACCGUCUCGGUGAAGAUCUGACCAAGUGGCAGGCCCUGCUGGUGCAGAUCCGUAAAGCACGAGGAACCUUUGACAAUGCCGAAACACGCAAGGAGUUUGGGCCUGUGAUCAUUGACUAUGGCAAGGUCCAGUCUAAGGUGAACCUGAAGUACGACUCUUGGCACAAAGAAGUCCUCAGCAAGUUUGGCCAGAUGCUCGGCCAGAACAUGCAGGACUUUCACUCCCAGAUCUCCAAGUCUCGUCAAGAUCUGGAACAGCAUUCUGUGGACACGGCAAGCACCUCCGAUGCUGUUAAUUUCAUAACUUAUGUCCAGACGCUAAAGCGAAAGAUUAAACAGUUUGAGAAGAAUGUGGAGUUGUUCCGUAAUGGACAGCGUUUACUGGAGAAGCAACGGUUCCAGUUCCCGCCCUCCUGGCUCUACAUCGACAACAUUGAAGGUGAAUGGGGCGCUUUCAGUGACAUAAUGAAGCGCAAGGACACUGCUAUCCAGCAACAGGUGGCCAACCUGCAGAUGAAGAUCGUCCAGGAGGACAAAGCUGUGGAGAACCGGACCACGGACCUCCUCAAUGACUGGGAGAAGACCAAACCUGUUGCAGGUAACUUGCGCCCAGAAGAGGCUCUUCAGUCGUUGACGAUCUAUGAAGGCAACUUUGGCCGGCUGAAGGUUGAAAGAGAGAAGUGUGCUCGCGCCAAAGAGGCUCUGGAGCUCACAGAUACUGGUCUGCUCAGUGGAAGUGAAGAGAGAGUGCAGGUGGCUCUGGAGGAGCUGCAUGACCUGAAAGAGGUGUGGACUGAACUGGCAAAGGUCUGGGAGCAGAUUGAUCAAAUGAAGGAACAGCCGUGGGUGUCUGUGCAGCCUCGCAAGCUUCGUCAGAGUCUGGAUGCUCUCCUGAACCAGCUGAAGAACUUCCAAGCCAGACUGAGACAAUACGCUUCCUAUGAGUUUGUCCAGAGGCUUCUCAAAGGAUACUUAAAGGUCAACAUGUUGGUGAUUGAGCUGAAAUCAGAGGCCCUGAAGGAUCGCCACUGGAAACAGCUGAUGAAGCGGCUGCACGUGAACUGGGUGCUUUCAGAGCUGACCCUUGGACAGAUUUGGGAUGUUGAUCUUCAGAAGAACGAGAUGGUCGUGAAGGAUGUUCUGCUGGUAGCCCAGGGAGAAAUGGCUUUGGAGGAGUUCCUAAAACAGAUCCGGGAAGUGUGGAACUCAUAUGAGCUGGACCUGGUGAACUAUCAGAACAAAUGCCGUCUCAUCAGAGGCUGGGAUGACCUGUUUAACAAAGUGAAGGAGCACAUUAACAGUGUGUCUGCCAUGAAGUUGUCUCCCUACUACAAGGUGUUUGAGGAAGACGCUCUGAGCUGGGAGGACAAACUGAAUCGGAUCAUGGCUCUGUUUGACGUCUGGAUUGAUGUCCAGCGCCGCUGGGUGUACCUGGAAGGCAUCUUCACAGGAAGUGCUGAUAUCAAGCAUCUGCUACCAGUGGAAACUCAGAGAUUCCAGAGUAUAAGCACCGAAUUCUUGGCUCUCAUGAAGAAAGUGACCAAGUCUCCUCUGGUGAUGGACGUGCUGAACAUUCAGGGGGUCCAGAGGUCUCUGGAGCGACUCGCUGAUCUUUUGGGCAAAAUCCAGAAAGCUCUUGGAGAGUACCUGGAAAGAGAGAGAUCAUCGUUCCCCAGGUUUUAUUUUGUGGGAGAUGAGGACUUGCUUGAGAUCAUCGGCAACAGCAAGAAUGUGGCCAAACUCCAGAAGCACUUCAAGAAGAUGUUCGCUGGUGUGUCGAGCAUCCUUCUGAACGAGGACAACACGGAGGUGCUGGGGAUCUCCUCGCGUGAGGGAGAGGAGGUCCUCUAUAAAACUCCCGUCUCCAUUACGGAGCAUCCAAAGAUCAACGAGUGGCUGACGCUGGUGGAGAAGGAGAUGAGAGUGACGCUGGCCAAACUGCUCGCCGAGUCUGUCAAUGAGGUGACUUCUUUCAACAAGGGAACUGCCGUCGACCUGAGCCAGUACAUCGAGUGGAUUGAUCGUUAUCAGGCCCAGUUGGUGGUCCUUUCCACUCAGAUUGCCUGGUCUGAGAACAUCGAGUCUGCCCUGACGACCAUCUCUGGUGGUGGAGACAUGACACUCAUGCAAGGGGUGCUGUCCAACGUGCAGGCCACUCUGAACGUGUUGGCUGACACUGUGCUGAUGGAGCAGCCUCCACUUCGCAGGAGGAAACUGGAGCACCUGAUCACCGAGCUGGUGCACCAGCGUGACGUGACCAGGACUCUCCUCAAGAACAAGAUUGACAACCCCAAGUCCUUUGAGUGGCUCAGCCAAAUGCGCUUCUACUUUGACCCCAAGCAGACGGAAGUCUUGCAGCAACUUUCCAUUCAGAUGGCUAAUGCCAAGUUCAACUACGGCUUUGAGUACCUGGGAGUUCAGGACAAGCUUGUUCAGACCCCUCUGACAGACCGAUGCUACCUCACCAUGACCCAGGCUCUGGAGGCCCGCCUCGGCGGCUCACCAUUUGGACCUGCUGGCACAGGAAAGACCGAGUCAGUGAAAGCGCUUGGUCACCAACUCGGCCGCUUCGUUCUGGUCUUCAACUGUGAUGAAACCUUCGACUUCCAGGCCAUGGGCCGCAUCUUCGUAGGUCUCUGCCAGGUCGGAGCAUGGGGCUGCUUUGACGAGUUUAACCGUCUGGAAGAGAGAAUGUUGUCAGCCGUCUCACAGCAGGUCCAGUACAUCCAGGUGGCCUUGAGGGAACACAGCAACCCCAACAGAGACAGGAGUGUUCCAGUCACUACAGAACUCCUGAACAAGCAGGUGAAGGUCAGCCCAGACAUGGCCAUCUUCAUCACCAUGAACCCUGGCUACGCCGGUCGCUCCAACCUGCCUGACAACCUGAAGAAGCUCUUCCGCAGCUUGGCCAUGACAAAGCCCGACCGUCAGCUCAUCGCUCAAGUCAUGCUCUACUCUCAGGGUUUCCGAAGUGCCGAGAUCCUCGCCAAGAAGAUCGUUCCCUUCUUCAAGCUGUGUGAUGAGCAGUUGUCAUCCCAGAGCCAUUAUGACUUCGGUCUCCGAGCUCUGAAGAGCGUGCUGAUCAGUGCUGGCAACGUUAAGCGUGAACGCAUCCAGAAGAUCAAGAGGGAGAAGCUGAAGCGUGGAGAGGAUGUUGACGAGAAUGAGAUCGCAGAGAACCUGCCCGAGCAGGAGAUUCUGAUCCAAAGCGUGUGUGAGACCAUGGUCCCCAAGCUGGUGGCUGAAGACAUCCCUCUGCUCUUCAGCCUGCUGUCAGACGUCUUCCCUGGAGUUCAGUACCAUCGUGGGGAGAUGACGGCUCUGAGGGAGGAGCUGAAAAAGGUCUGCGCAGAGAUGUACCUCACCUACGGAGACGGUGACGACGUCGGUAGCAUGUGGGUGGAGAAGGUGCUUCAGCUGUAUCAGAUCACGCAGAUCAAUCACGGUCUGAUGAUGGUGGGUCCUUCAGGCAGCGGAAAGACCAUGGCAUGGAGGGUGCUUCUCAAAGCUCUAGAGCGACUGGAAGGCUUGGAGGGCGUGGCCCACAUUAUUGACCCCAAAGCCAUCAGUAAAGACCACCUGUACGGUACUCUGGACCCCAACACUCGAGAGUGGACUGAUGGCCUGUUCACACACGUCCUCAGGAAGAUCAUCGACAAUGUUCGAGGUGAACUCCAGAAACGUCAGUGGAUCAUUUUUGAUGGAGACGUCGACCCAGAAUGGGUUGAGAAUCUCAACUCUGUGUUGGAUGACAACAAGCUGCUCACCCUACCGAACGGAGAGCGUCUCAGCUUACCUCCUAAUGUGCGUGUGAUGUUUGAAGUCCAGGACCUGAAGUACGCCACUCUGGCCACAGUGUCUCGCUGCGGCAUGGUUUGGUUCAGCGAGGAUGUUCUCAGCACAGACAUGAUUUUCAACAACUUCCUGGCUCGGAUUCGCAGCAUCCCGUUGGAUGAAGGAGAGGACGAAGCCCAUCGUAAGAGAACGGGCACUGAGGAUGAGGAGGAGGCGGCUUCACCGAUGCUGCAGAUCCAGAGAGAUGCUGCAGGAAUCCUGCAGCCAUACUUCACCUCGACAGGCCUCGUCAUUAAAGCUUUGGAGCACGCCUCCAAGAUGGAGCACAUAAUGGAUUUCACCCGCCUGCGCUGCCUGGGCUCACUGUUCUCAAUGCUGCACCAGGCCUGCCGCAACGUGGCUCUUUACAACAACAACCAUCCGGACUUCCCCAUGCCCAUCGACCAGCUAGAGAAGUACAUGCAGAAAUACCUGAUCUACGCCGUGCUCUGGUCCUUCUCUGGAGAUGGACGUUUGAAGAUGAGGGCGGAGCUUGGAGAAUACAUCCGUCGCAUCACCACUGUGCCACUUCCCACUGCUCCAAACGUGCCCAUCAUUGACUACGAGGUGUGCAUCUCAGGAGAGUGGCAGUCCUGGCAGGGCAAGGUGCCCCAGAUUGAGGUGGAGACCCACAAGGUGGCCUCCCCGGAUGUUGUGGUUCCAACUUUGGACACCGUCCGCCAUGAAGCUUUGCUCUACACCUGGCUAGCAGAACACAAACCCCUGGUGCUGUGUGGCCCUCCUGGUUCUGGAAAGACCAUGACUCUGUUCAGCGCCCUCAGAGCCUUGCCUGACAUGGAGGUUGUUGGUCUGAACUUCUCCAGCGCUACCACUCCAGAACUGCUCCUCAAGACUUUCGACCACUACUGCGAGUACCGCCGCACCCCCAAUGGUGUUGUGCUCGCCCCAGUCCAGCUGGGCAAGUGGCUGGUGCUGUUCUGUGAUGAGAUCAAUCUGCCAGACAUGGACAAGUACGGCACACAGAGGGUGAUCUCUUUCCUCAGACAGAUGGUUGAACAUGGAGGCUUCUAUCGCACCUCAGACCAGACUUGGGUGAAACUGGAGAGGAUCCAGUUUGUUGGUGCCUGUAAUCCUCCCACUGAUCCUGGUAGAAAGCCACUCACUCAUAGGUUCCUGCGCCACGUUCCUGUAGUCUACGUGGACUAUCCAGGUCCAGCUUCUCUUACACAGAUUUAUGGGACCUUCAAUCGAGCCAUGUUGCGCCUCAUCCCAUCCCUCCGGACCUACGCUGAACCUCUUACUGCUGCGAUGGUGGAGUUCUACACCAUGUCACAGGAGCGCUUCACUCAAGACACUCAGCCUCAUUAUAUCUACUCGCCAAGAGAGAUGACCCGAUGGGUGAGGGGCAUUUUCGAGGCUCUUCGACCCCUUGAGACCCUGCCUGUGGAGGGGCUGAUCCGCAUCUGGGCCCACGAGGCUCUUCGUCUCUUCCAGGAUAGGCUUGUAGGCGAUGAAGAGAGAAGGUGGACGGAUGAAAACAUUGACAUGGUCGCUCUCAAACACUUUCCCAACAUUGACAAGGAGAAGGCUCUCAACAGGCCCAUUCUCUACAGCAACUGGCUCUCCAAGGACUACAUCCCAGUGGAACAGGAGGAACUGAGGGAUUACGUCAAGGCCCGUCUAAAGGUUUUCUAUGAGGAAGAACUGGACGUUCCUCUGGUUCUCUUCAACGAGGUGCUGGACCAUGUCCUCAGAAUCGAUCGAAUUUUCCGUCAGCCUCAAGGCCAUCUGUUGCUGAUUGGCGUAAGCGGAGCAGGAAAGACCACGCUCUCUCGCUUUGUAGCCUGGAUGAAUGGAUUGAGUGUCUACCAGAUCAAGGUGCACAGAAAGUACACAGGGGAGGACUUUGAUGAGGAUCUGCGGACAGUUUUGCGUCGCUCAGGAUGCAAAAAUGAGAAGAUUGCCUUCAUCAUGGAUGAGUCCAACGUGCUCGACUCUGGAUUCCUCGAGAGAAUGAACACACUAUUGGCCAAUGGAGAGGUUCCUGGCUUGUUUGAAGGAGACGAGUAUGCCACUCUGAUGACACAGUGUAAGGAGGGAGCACAGAAAGAGGGCCUGAUGCUUGACACACCUGAAGAGCUUUACAAGUGGUUCACAAGCCAAGUUAUCAGAAACCUUCAUGUGGUUUUCACCAUGAAUCCCUCCUCUGAGGGCCUGAAGGACAGGGCGGCCACAUCUCCUGCCCUCUUCAACAGGUGUGUGUUGAACUGGUUUGGAGACUGGUCUACGGAGGCCCUCUAUCAGGUUGGCAAAGAGUUCACCAGCAAGAUGGAUCUGGAGAAGCCCAACUACAAGGUCCCAGAUUACAUGCCCAUCGUUUAUGACAAACUUCCUCAGCCUCCGUCUCACCGCGAGGCUAUUGUCAACGGCUGUGUGUUCGUUCAUCAGACUCUUCACCAGGCAAAUAACCGUCUGGCCAAGCGUGGCGGUCACACGAUGGCAAUCACGCCACGCCACUACCUAGAUUUUAUCAACCAGUAUGCCAACCUCUUCAAUGAGAAACGCAGUGAGCUGGAGGAGCAGCAAAUGCACCUUAAUGUUGGUCUUCGCAAGAUUAAAGAGACUGUUGAUCAGGUUGAAGAACUUCGUCGCGAUCUGAGAAUCAAGAGCCAGGAGUUGGAGGCAAAGAACGCGGCCGCGAAUGACAAGCUGAAGAAGAUGGUCAAAGACCAGCAGGAAGCUGAGAAGAAGAAGGUGAUGAGCCAGGAGAUCCAGGAAGCUGUGUACAAGCAGCAGGAGGUGAUCAAAGACAAACAGCUGAGAGUCAAACAGGACCUGGACCAGGUGGAACCUGCUGUUAUUGAAGCUCAGAAUGCUGUUAAGUCUAUUAAGAAGCAGCACCUGGUGGAGGUCCGCUCCAUGGCCAAUCCACCUGCAGCUGUCAAGCUGGCCCUGGAGUCCAUUUGCUUGCUUUUGGGCGAGAGCACAACGGACUGGAAGCAGAUUCGCUCCAUCAUUAUGAGGGAGAAUUUCAUCCCCACCAUUGUUAACUUCUCUGCUGAAGAAAUCAGUGACUCCAUUCGUGAGAAAAUGAAGAAGAACUACAUGUCCAACCCAAGCUACAACUAUGAUCAAGUCAAUAGGGCAUCCCUAGCUUGUGGACCAAUGGUGAAAUGGGCGAUUGCUCAGCUCAACUAUGCCGACAUGCUGAAGCGUGUGGAGCCUCUGCGUAAUGAACUACAGAAGCUGGAGGAUGAUGCUAAAGACAACAAGACCAAAGCAGAGGAGGUGGAGCAGAUGAUCAGAGACCUGGAGGCUAGCAUCGCUCGCUACAAGGAGGAGUACGCCGUCCUCAUCUCAGAAGCUCAGGCCAUCAAGGCUGAUCUGGCUGCUGUUGAGGCCAAGGUGAAUCGCAGCACAGCCCUGCUGAAGAGUCUGUCCGCUGAAAGGGACCGCUGGGAGAAGACUAGCGAGACCUUCAAAAACCAGAUGUCUACUAUUGCUGGAGACUGUCUGCUCUCUGCGGCGUUCAUCACUUACGCCGGAUACUUUGAACAACAGAUGAGACAGAAUUUGUUCACAACUUGGUCUCAUCACCUGCAGCAGGCCAACAUUCAGUUCCGUACUGAUAUUGCAAGAACCGAGUACCUUUCCAACGCAGACGAGAGGCUCCGCUGGCAGGCCAACUCCCUCCCAGCAGAUGACCUCUGCACUGAAAACGCCAUCAUGCUCAAGCGGUUCAACAGGUACCCACUGAUCAUUGAUCCAUCAGGCCAAGCUACUGAAUUCAUAAUGAAUGAAUACAAGGAACGCAAGAUCACCAGAACCAGCUUCCUGGAUGAUUCCUUCAGGAAGAACCUGGAGAGUGCUCUUCGUUUUGGAAACCCACUGCUUGUCCAGGAUGUGGAAAGCUACGACCCCAUUCUGAACCCAGUGCUAAACAGAGAAGUCCGCAGAACUGGAGGGCGUGUCCUCAUCACUCUCGGAGAUCAGGAUAUUGACCUGUCGCCUUCCUUUGUUAUCUUCCUCUCCACGCGUGACCCAACGGUUGAAUUCCCACCAGAUCUGUGCUCUCGUGUUACAUUUGUGAACUUCACAGUGACUCGUAGCAGCCUUCAGAGCCAGUGUCUCAACGAGGUCCUCAAGGCUGAGAGACCUGACGUGGAUGAAAAACGAUCUGAUCUCCUCAAACUGCAGGGUGAGUUCCAGUUGCGCCUUCGUCAGCUGGAAAAAUCUCUCCUGCAAGCCCUAAAUGAGGUCAAGGGUCGCAUCCUUGACGACGACACGAUUAUCACCACACUGGAGAACCUUAAGAAGGAGGCAGCGGAGGUGACCAGGAAAGUGGAGGAGACAGAUAUAGUCAUGGCUGAGGUGGAGGCGGUGUCGCAGCAAUACCUGUCGCUGUCUUCCGCCUGCAGCAGCAUCUACUUCACCAUGGAGGCCCUCAACCAGAUGCACUUCCUAUACCAGUACUCGCUGCACUUUUUCCUGGACACAUACCACACAGUGCUGUACGAAAACGCCAAUCUUAAGGGCAUCAGCGACCACUCGCAGAGACUUGCUGUCAUCACCAAGGAUCUUUUCCAGGUGGCGUUCAACAGAGUGGCCCGAGGUAUGCUGCACCAGGACCACAUUACCUUCGCCAUGCUGCUGGCGAAGAUCAGCCUAAAGGGCAUGACCAGUGAGCCAUCAUACGAUGCUGAAUUCCAGCACUUCCUGCGUGGCAAAGAGAUCGUUCUGACGGGAACGGUGCUGCCCAAAGUCAAAGGUCUCACUUCUGAUCAGUGUGAGGCGAUGGUCCGACUCAGCCGCCUGCCUGCUUUUAAGGACCUUGUGGCCAAAGUUGAGGCUGACGAGCAAUUCUUCAUGUGGAUUGAGAGCAACACUCCAGACCUGGCAGUUCCUUACCUGUGGUCUGAGGAAAAGCCGUCAACUACUGUUGGUCAAGCCGUACACCAACUGCUGCUGAUCCAGGCUUUCCGUCCGGACCGCCUGCUGGCCAUGUCGCACAUCUUUGUCUCCAAGGUCCUGGGAGAGACUUUCAUGAACAUCAUCGAGCAGCCUCUGGACCUGGCUAACAUUGUGGACAGUGAGGUGAAGCCCAGCACUCCGGUGUUGAUGUGUUCUGUUCCUGGUUAUGACGCCAGCGGUCUGGUCAGAGAUUUGGCUGCCGAGCAGAACAAACAGAUUACAUCCAUUUCUAUUGGUUCAGCUGAAGGAUUCAAUAAAGCUGACAGAGACAUCAAUACUGCUGUCAAAUCUGGCAGGUGGGUGAUGCUGGAGAAUGUCCACCUGGCUCCAGGUUGGCUGAUGCAGCUGGAGAAGAAGCUUCACUCGAUGCAGCCUCACGCCAGCUUCAGGCUCUUCCUCACAAUGGAGAUCAAUCCAAAGGUGCCCGUGAAUCUGCUUCGUGCCGGUCGAAUCUUCGUCUUUGAGCCUCCUCCUGGUGUCAAGGCCAACAUGCUCAGGACUUUCAGUAGCAUCCCCGUGGCUCGCAUGUGCAAGGCUCCCAAUGAGCGCGCCCGUCUUUACUUCCUGCUGGCCUGGUUCCACGCAGUCAUUCAGGAGCGCCUGCGGUACGCGCCACUCGGUUGGUCCAAGAAGUACGAGUUUGGAGAGUCGGACCUGCGCUCUGCUUGUGACACCAUUGACACCUGGUUGGACGACACAGCCAAGGGUCGUCAGAACAUCGCACCAGACAAGAUACCCUGGGCAGCUCUGAAGACCCUGAUGGCUCAGUCCAUCUACGGGGGUCGCAUCGACAACGAGUUUGACCAGCGGCUGCUCAUCACCUUCCUGGAUCGCAUCUUCACGAAGGGAAGCUUCGACAGCGAGUUCAAACUGGCUGUAAAGGUGGAUGGGCACAAAGACAUUAAGAUGCCUGAUGGCAUUCGUCGUGAGGAGUUCAUGCACUGGGUGGAGAUGCUUCCUGACACUCAGACUCCAUCUUGGCUGGGGCUGCCGAGCAACGCUGAGAAGGUUUUGCUGACCACUCAGGGCACUGACAUGAUGGGUAAGAUGCUGAAAAUGCAGAUGUUGGAGGAUGAGGAUGACCUCGCCUACGAGACGGAGAAGAAGGAGCGCACCUCCUCCACGUCCGACGCCCAGCCGGCCUGGAUGAGGACCCUCCACACCACCGCCCGCAACUGGCUGCAGCUCAUGCCACAAACGGUGAACCCGCUGAAACGCACGGUGGAGAACAUCAAGGACCCGCUGUUCCGCUUCUUUGAGCGUGAGGUGAAGAUGGGUGGAAAGAUGCUUCAGGAGGUCCGUCAGGAUCUGUCCGACGUGGUUCAAGUCUGUGAGGGCAAGAAGAAGCAGACCAACUAUCUGCGCACACUCAUCAGUGACCUUGUGAAAGGCAUCCUUCCUCGCAGCUGGUGCCGCUACACUGUUCCAGCCUCCAUGACCGUCAUUCAGUGGGUGGCAGACUUCAGCGAGAGAAUCAAACAGCUGCAGCAGAUUUCCCAGGCGGCUGCUGGAGGAGGAGCUAAGGAGCUAAAGAACAUCCAUGUGUGCUUGGGAAGCCUGUUCGUGCCAGAGGCCUACAUCACCGCCACUCGCCAGUAUGUGGCGCAGGCCAACAGCUGGUCUCUGGAGGAGCUUUGUCUAGAGGUCAACGUCACCAACACUCAGAGUGCUGCUUUAGACGCCUGCAGCUUUGGAAUCAAAGGUCUGAAACUGCAUGGAGCUACUUGCACCAACAACAAGCUGUCCCUGUCCACCUCCAUCUCCACUGAACUGCCUCUCACGCAGCUGCGUUGGAUCCAGCAGAGCAACGCUGAGAAGAGACACAUGGUGACUCUACCCGUGUACCUGAACUUCACCAGAUCCGAUCUGAUCUUCACGGUUGAUUUUGACAUCGCCACUAAGGAGGAUCCCCACAGCUUCUACGAGCGUGGAGUUGCUAUUCUGUGCACUGAAUAAACAGUCAUUCCUGAAGAGCGAAAAAAAGUCUAGAUCAGCGUAACCCCAUUUAAUCACUUCUGUUAAGUUCUAGUAGUUGUAGUCUCCUGUAUUCUUAAUCAAACUUAACUUAGUCGGUCACUAGCAGAUUUGUCCUGUUCGUAGUGUUUUGAGGAAGUGUUUUAGAAGGUUAUAGGAAUGUCGUCAGCUGGUAAAUGAAAGUCAUUCAGCUUGUUGGAAUGUGGAAAAAGUGAAGAAGCAAAAAUGCAUUUUGGUUAAAGAAAGAUGAAACUGAACGGUUUUAAGAGGAAAGUUUUAAGACUGAAUAAAAAAUCAUUGGAAUGAACAAA